AUGCUCGCAAAAAAUUCCCCAUCAUCAUACAAAAUUUUCGAAACAAUAGAUGAUAUCCUAACUGACGUCCUUAUAGACCGUCUUUUUUUGUGGUUCCAUACAUUCAAAUUAAAUCCUGAUUACAAUAUCGUUGACAUUCCUUCAGAUGUAAUUCAUAGCAUCAUCAAGAAAAAUGUGAUCGAAGAAGUUAAUUUAGACCAAGCUUGCAAGGAAUUGCUUAGUCACGCAAAACGAUAUUUACAAAUGUAUCAGGUAAAUUCAGGAUACGAGAUAGCAGAAACAAAAAGAUAUUUUGGAUCUUCUAAAAGAGAAGCAUGUGUAGUUGCUACAAAAGAUUUUAAGGAAGGAGAUGAACUUCGUCUAUGUACUGGUGCAUUAGUUCCUCUCACAAAAGAAGAGGAUAAUAAAUUAGAUGGUGGCAGGGAUUUUAGCAUAAUAUGGUCUCAGAGAAAAGAUGUAAUGUGCUUGUUACUUGGUCCAGCACGAUUUGUGAACCACGAUUGUAAACCCAAUACUACAUUCAUUGCAAGUGGACAGAGUGAGAUCUCAUUUAAAUUUACCAGAAGCGUUAAGGUUGGUGAAGAACUUACUUCAUACUAUGAUGAUGACUAUUUUGGAGAAGGAAAUUGUGAAUGUUUAUGUGCUACAUGCGAACGUCUCGUGAAAGGUGGAUACAAACCAGAAUUAGCAAUUCUAGACGAAGAAAAUAUUGGCUCCAUUAACAAAAUUGUAUAUGAUUAUGGAGUAGGCAAAAUAGUGCGUCGUAGUGCACGUAAUCGCACUAAUUUAGUACAAGAUGAAACACCUGUUGUAAAAAGGGAAAUAUCUAUGCCAAGAUUUAAAAUGAACGAUGUUACUAGUAAUCACAGAGAUGAAGUAAAUCUUAUUGGCAUUGACAUCGAUAAUGAUGUUCCAAAAACUGAUGCUGAAGAUAAUAGUUCUAACUAUGCUGCAAUGAUGUUGUUGUCUGAUAUAACGACCAAUAAUGUUGCAGUUACCUCCUCUUCUACCUUUGACCAAGGAUCUAAUUAUAACAACAUCAUCCAUCGAAUUCCAAAAAAUGUUUUUAGUGCUCAUUCAUCCACUCUCCUAAGACGUAUGGGUAUAAUGAAUUUACAACAAGUCAACAAAGAUCUGAACACCAAAACCGUUUACCAUUUUAAUAAUAAACCUAAUACAAAAAAAUCAAAUUUGAAGUUUGCAAUUUCACCUGGUACUAUCUCAACUGAAAUUGAAACUGGAAGUAGUAGUAUCUUGGAAAGUGUUAAUAUUGUAAAUAAAAAUGCAGAAUCCAACUCUUGUAAUGGCAGUCAAACUAUAUCUUGGCCAUUUGUCAGAGUUCUUAAUGGAGAUCAAAUUUUGGUUAAAAAAGCCCAUGGCACUGAUCAAUCAAAUUCUUCAAAAAAUAUUAUAUCAAACACUGAUGCUCCCACCACUAAUAUAUGUGAUGAUAUGUUUACAUCCAGUAAAAAUACAAUGAGAUGUUUAAGAUGUACGCGACAUUUAAAACUAUUUGCACUUGAUUGGCCAUGUCGCAGAUUGAAGAGAUCAAGAAAAGACGACAGCCAAAAAACAACAAACAAAGCUGACGGUUCAGCAUCAAGGGCAGUGAAAAAAAUUAAAACUGAUAUAACAACUGAUCAAGAUCAAAUAUCAGGUACAAAUAGAACCGAUUGGUCACCUUAUCCAAUAAAAGGUAUUGAUAUUAAAAUUAUUCAGUAUAAACGUGCAAAUGGUAGAAUUAGUCAUGCUUAUGAAUAUUGUUACGACAAUAUUUAUGUAAGAUGGGACAAGGAGAGUGGUUUUGUACAUCUUAAUACAUUAAAAAGUUAUUUCAAUAAUACAUUGAGAAAUUUGGAAAAGUUAAAGUGUUGGGAUCAGGCUUGGAGUACACGAAGACACAUUAUAAUUGGUGGCAAUAUUAAAUAUCAAGGUACUUGGUUACCCUAUGACCUCACAAAAAAAGUGGUAAUUGAGUCAAUUGGUAAAAAUGAAGCAUUUUUGAUACCAUUGUUUGGACCUAACUAUGGUCAAGGAAAUUAA